AUGAACACACCGCCACACCAUCACUUACUCCAUCAUCGGAAGAAGAUUUGCUCCGAUUCGGAUCAUCAUUCAUUCACCCUUCGCACCAGCACCAGCACCAGCACCAGCACCACUAACUCUUCACCCUUCUCACUAGCACCCUCAACACCACCAUCUCCUAAUUUAUUCAUUUCUUGUUGUGCCAAUACCACUUACAUGAUUGUUGUGUUAUGUUUUUUAUUUGGUCUCUUUAUUGUAAAUGAAAAUCUUUCAUUAUUCAAAUACAUGGUGAAAGAUCAUGAGAGAAGAAUUGAUUUUGAAAGACAAUUCAUUCCUUCAAAAAGUAUUUCAAAUCAUGAUGUUCAACCACACACUCAACCUAUUGCUAAUAAUUUACAACAACCACACACUCAACAACAUUCUUCGCAAACAAACUAUCAUCUCUUAUUUGUACAUGGUGCAUUUGGAUCAAAAGAAGAAUUUACAAUGAAUUAUUUUCCAUACUUUUUAAAGAAUGAUAAAAUUUCAAGUGUUGGUGCCUUCUCUUUCACAGCACAUGGAAAAUCUUCUCAUUCGAAUUAUAUUAAAUAUUUAAGAAUGAUCGAUUAUGUCAAUGAUUUGGAAUUGGUCAUUGAAAAGUAUUAUCAACAAGGUGAUUUCAAAAAUGGUAAUCAUCAAUUAAUUCUCAUAUGUCAUUCCAUGGGAGGACUUGUAUGUCAAAAAUAUUUGGACAAAUUGUCAAAAAAAAGAAAUCUAUCAGUUAUUCCUUUAGCAAGUAUGAUACUCUUAGCAAGUGCUCCACCUGUCUCUAGAUUUGAAAAUAUACUUUCUACCAUUCGUUAUGAUCCAUUUCAUCUAUUAUUCACAAAUUUCAUGACAUUUACAAUUGAUGCAAUAGCAAUGACUUCCAUUCAUCAUACCAAACAUUAUUUUUAUCAUGAAAAGACUAGUUUAGAUGAUAUUCAGAAUAUUCACAAAAAUGAAUUGAAAUUACAAAGUGAAGGAUUAAUUUAUUAUUUGGAUAGUUUGACAUGUUCAUUGAAUGCUCAAAGUAUAAUUGAAAUGUUUAAAAGAGAUCUGAAUGCUCAAAGUAUAAAAAGAGAUCAAGAAACAAGAAUCAAGAGAGAUGAUUCCUCAAUGCAACCAUCCAAUCAUGAGAGUGAUAUUGCCUCACAGCAAUCCAAUCGAAUAUUAUUUUCACAUCCAUUCCAUAUAAAGGUCAUAUCCAUUGAAAAGGAUGCAUUUUUCACUCAGAAACAGCACGACAAAACUGUUGAAUAUUGGAAUUUAAUUGCCAAUCAAGUUAAUCAAAAACAAGAAGGUCAUACAGAUGGAUUAAAAGUCAGUGGUGAGAUUAUUCCAACUGAUUCAGUACAAGUGGGACAUUUAGUCAUGUUGGAUGUGGGUUGGAAACAAGUGGCUAACAAAAUUAUUCAAUUUAUUCAAGAGGAGCUCUAA